AUAGUGAAGGGCAACUGACAACCAGCAGUCUUCAAAUGCAUGGCGUUUGAUAUGUGGCUCCCCACACACUACUGACCCAGUGUCAACACGCUGCGGACAGGGGACCUUUAAAUACUCCUCGGAAGUGUCAGAUUUGAUGCGAGACGACAGAUUAAACAGGACACCGAAACGAAAUCUAUGAACGACCUCCAUGUCACUGUCACAUGUGACAAUAAACACUACCUCGUUGAUUUGUAUGUGACAAAUCUGCGCAUUUAGUUACUGACUAAUAUAUCUGUCUGCUGAAGAAAAGCUGUGGUUAAGUUUAAAUAUGGCGGCUAGCGUUUCAUUUGGCCGUCAGCGUGAGAAGACGUUGUUCCUGCGCACACGAUACCUGUUUGACAUCUACAUGCGCGAGGGAGAUGCGCAGAUGAAGGACAAGAAGUACCGGAAGGCUGUGGAGAGUUACGCCGCUGCACUCCGACUAGACGCGUCUAACCUGGCGGCCCAUGUGGGGAAGUCACAUUGUCACCUGCGUCUGGGACACGUGAAGCAAGCGUUAGCGGACGCGGAGAAAGCACUGUCCAUUGAUAAUGUCUACCCACCGGCAGUGCUGCAGAAGGCCACCAUCUUCUACACACUCGGGAACUACGACAUGGCACUGUUGUUCUACCAUCGUGGUCACAAGGUCAGUCCAGACAGCGUCCAAUUCCAAGAGGGCAUCGCCCGAUGCCGACAGCACAUCUCUGUGGCUACUAAAGGCAAGACGAUGAAACUAACCGAGGCAGGAGACCUGACCCUGUACGUCCACAAGAAGAUGCGGAAGAUGGGCGGAGCUAGAACACAGAGGGACCCGCCCACUAGAGACCCGUUAUCACGUCACAGCAGUGCAGGGAGAGCAAAGAAGAAAGACGCUAACCCUUUAUUCAGACUGGGUAGAAAACAGCCAAUCAAAUUAUCACGAAUUAGAAACAGAGCCAAUCAAAACAAUAUGAACAAGUCAACCAAUCAGAGUCGAGCUUCAGGCGGGACGGUGUACUCUGAGCCGGACGAGAGGACCAUGCGAGAAAUACUUGGCGAGCUGUAUGGUGAUAGAGUCUAUCUGAGAGACUUUGCCCGUCAAACAGAUGAAGGAGAAUCUCGACUCGAUGUCGAAAUCAACUCUAUAGCUGAGAACGGCCUUCAGUUCCUUCUGGAGAGGGUGACCUACUGGAGUCUCAGACGCCUGCCCCCAGACCCCCCUCCAUCCCCUCCACUAUCACGCAAACACAGUCGCCAGGGCAGUAGUGCACAACGGACACUCACAGAGUCUCCCCUUCCGAGACAGAAGAGUUCCAUCUGGGACAGAGAGGUCAGCGACCUCAUUAGGGUUUUGAAUGAAGAGAACUCACGUGUUGACUUUGAAGAGGAAGCGGAAGGUAUUGUGGGAUACAGGCCUUACAGAAAGGAAAAGAAAAAAGUGAGAAAAUUGCAUUUUGAGUUUGCCUCCUACAGACCAGGAAGUGAACUGGGCGGGAGAAGAGGGGAGGGCAGUGCAAAAAGCGAACAGAAGAAGAACACACAGGGUCAGAAGGAGCAAAUGGCAGAUAUUGAAGAGGAGGAAGAGGAAGGUCCUGUACUGGACUACUUGAUGAAGGAGCUAGCGGACAUUGUGGAUGCUUUUGAACGUGAAGACUAUGAAGAAUGCAAACGGAGGGCCCAUGUUUGUCUACAGACAGUAUACAGCUACACCGAGGACGAGAUCGCUGACAAGCGUGACGUUGUGGCCAGGGUACAUAGUUUCCUUGGUAACACGCAUCUGGAACUAGGUGAAUAUGAAGAAGCACAGGAACACCACGAGAAAGAUCUGUUCAUCGGAGAAGAAUGCAAUAUUGACGAACCAAUAUCACGGGCUCUUGGAAACCUCGGCCGAGUGUUCGUGUAUAGGAAACAAUUCCAUAAAGCAUUAGGAGCAUUUGCAAGGAAGACGAAGUUGGUGGAGAGGCCGAUCGAGAGGGCGUGGCUGUUCCAUGAGAUAGGGGACUGUUUCCUGAGUCUCAGCCAAUACGGUUACGCAAGGGAUUGUGGGAGGAAGUCUCUGCACGCAGCGGAAGAAGCAGAGCAUCGUCUGUACCAGCUUCAGGCCUGCGUCCUCAUCGGAGUUGCUCAAGUUAAACUAAGGGAAUACAGUGAUGCUUAUGUUCUCUUUGAACGGGGUCUGGACCUGGCCAAGAUAGAAGGUGACCGUGACUCUGAACAGAUGAUAACACGAGCGCUAGGUGAGGUGAACACCCGCAUGUCAGAACUGGCCAAGAGACGAGGUCAUAACAGGCAGUCGUCACCAGACAUGGGUCAAAGUAACCAGAGUCGUGAACCAGGAACAGCCAGCAUGCAAGAAACAAGAGGGAAGCGGGAAAAAGUUAACAAUACACUGCUUGACGACAGCAGAGACGACAUACAACAGACAAGAAACAUGAACCAUACUCUUGCAGACGACACAGAAGAAGGAAGAGAGCGGACGAUAAGGACUGAACACACAGGCGCAGAGGAAAGGGAGCAGACGAAAAUGAUUUACGCUACAUCGGUGGAUGAUGUCAGGCACGAAACAAACAAUCCACUUCUUGAAGACCCAUACAAGGAUCAGCAGGGACUAUUAAUGGUGAAAGGAGACGUUGGGGACACUUCAGACGAUCUCCCCGACGUAAAGGCAACAGAUGGGGAGGUGGGUACAAGGGCCGACGUUGAUACUGACACUGGUGAUGAUAAGGACACAGUUGUCAGGGAGGAGGACAGUGAUGGGACAGAGACUGACUCUGAAACAGUGAGUGACAGUUCCACUGUCAGGGACGACACUGAUGAUAGCUCUUUCCAGGGAGAGCGUCGAUCUCGGGCCUAGACAGGACGACUUGUGGUAUCCGGGUCGAUCUCGGGCCUAGACAGGACGACUUGUGGCAUCCAGGUCGAUCUCGGGCCCAGACAGGACGACUUGUGGUAUCCAGGUUGAUCUGGGGCCUAGACAGGACGACUUGUGGUAUCCGGGUCGAUCUCGGGCCCAGACAGAACGACUUGUGGUAUCCGGGUCGAUCUCGGGCCCAGACAGGACGACUUGUGGUAUCCGGGUCGAUCUCGGGCCCAGACAGGACGACUUGUGGUAUACGGGUCGAUCUCGGGCCCAGACAGGACGACUUGUGGUAUCCGGGUCGAUCUCGGGCCCAGACAGGACGACUUGUGGUAUCCGGGUCGAUCUCGGGCCCAGACAGGACGACCUGUGGUAUCCGGGUCGAUCUCGGGCCCAGACAGGACUUAUGGUGUCCGGGUCGAUCUCGGGCCUGUCAUCUUAUGCAAUCAACGGCUCUUGCUGACGAAAGUGGCUCAAUGCAACGCCGGAUAUGCUUUUGUGUAUUUACAUUCAUUGACGCUCAUUAAAUGAUCUACUGUUA